GGUCUGGUGGAUUGUGGUCGAGUUUGCACUAUAAAGUAUAAACAUUCGUAUAGAGUUAUUAUAGUUCUGCUUUUGUGUAGUCAUAGCAAAGAUCAGCAAUGGCGGCCGCUAGAGCGAUGGUAUCAGCGAGCAACACUGUCACUGCCUCCAUGCUUUUCAGGGGUCCUUUAAGAAGGCCCAACGCUUUCAAUCUCUGCUUCAAGAACGUGCCCUCGCAGAAGAGGCGGCUCUACACUUGCAGGGCUAUCUACAAUCCCCAGGUUCAGAUCAAAGAAGAAGGCCAGCCCGAGACCCUCGAUUACCGUGUCUUCUUUGUCGACAAUUCCGGCAAAAGGGUGUCCCCAUGGCAUGAUGUACCGCUACACUUGGGUGAUGGUGUCUUCAAUUUCAUUGUUGAAAUUCCUAAAGAAUCAAGUGCGAAAAUGGAGGUUGCUACUGAUGAGCAACAUACUCCCAUUAAACAAGAUACCAAAAAAGGGAAACUUAGAUAUUACCCGUACAAUAUUCACUGGAAUUAUGGAUUGCUUCCUCAAACAUGGGAAGACCCUUCAUUUGCGAACUCUGAAGUUGAGGGCGCAUUUGGAGAUAAUGACCCAGUUGAUGUUGUUGAGAUUGGUGAAAAGCGUGGCAAAAUUGGCGAGAUUCUAAAAGUUAAGCCUGUAGCUGCGUUAGCAAUGAUUGAUGAAGGAGAACUUGACUGGAAGAUUGUUGCAAUUUCACUAGAUGACCCAAGAGCUUCACUAGUUAAUGAUGUUGAAGAUGUUGAGAAACAUUUUCCGGGCACACUUACGGCAAUCAGGGAUUGGUUUCGAGAUUACAAGAUCCCUGAUGGAAAACCUGCCAACAAGUUUGGUCUUGGAAACAAGCCAGCAAAUAAGGACUAUGCACUGAAGGUCAUUACAGAAACCAAUGAAUCUUGGGCUAAGCUUGUCCAAAGAUCCAUCCCAUCUGGUGAGCUUUCACUUGUAUAAUUUGCAGGUUAGAGAGUUUGAAUCCCUGUGUUUCUGCCUGGCACCAUUGCAGGAAACUUGCUAUUUUUCAGUUCUCAUAUUCUUGUCUGAGAUGAAUCUUUUGCUUGAAUAGCUUGUCUAGAUAAACUUGAAUCCUGUAAUUGAGACGGUUUUUUUUCGCAAUAAAAUCUCCAUUCUUGGUGCAAA